AUGGACAACCCUGGUGCGCGUGAUGCUCAUCCACAUGAGCAUACCGACGGCCCCACGUUUGAGGCUAUCCAUACCAACCAUCACGACAAUGCGAGCAUAAACACCCCGUCAGUCGACGAUACCACCGCGCGCAACUCCCCAAAGCCAGACGAAAAGGACAACAAGUAUGGUGUCGAUGUUCAUCGUGCCGAAGCGGAUUUUGCCCAAUUGUCCAAAGAGCUCUCACGCACUAGCAACAUCUCGCGCCGGAUGAGUCGAGUUCAGAGCAAGCAUAGUCGCAAAGAUCAAGUCGCAGAUGUCGAGAAGGCUGGCUCAGAAUCCUCGGAUGAGCCUUUUGAUCUCGAGGCAACACUGCGCGGUGCCCGUGACGAAGAAGAGAGAUCUGGAAUAAAAUCUAAGCGCAUUGGUGUGAUAUGGGAUGGGCUCACCGUCAGCGGCAUUGGCGGAGUCAGAAACUAUGUCAAGACAUUCCCCGACUCUUUUGUAUCUUUUUUCAAUGUCUUUGAGACUGCUGCCAGCAUUCUCGGGCUUGGAAAGAAGGGCAAGGAGUUUGACAUUCUGAAGGACUUCAAGGGUGUUGUAAAGCCCGGUGAAAUGGUCCUGGUCCUUGGAAAGCCAGGCAGUGGUUGCACUACCUUCCUCAAAGUUAUCAGCAACCAACGAUACGGAUACACAAAGAUCGAUGGAAACGUUCAGUACGGCCCCUUUGACGCAGACUUUUUCGAGAAGAGGUAUCGAGGCGAGGCUGUGUACUGCGAAGAGGACGAAAACCACCACCCCACCCUUACCGUUGGUCAGACCCUCGACUUUGCCCUGGAGACCAAAGUGCCUGGAAAGCGACCUGCGGGCCUUUCACGAAAAGAGUUCAAGGAAAAGGUCAUCAGCAUGAUGUUGAAGAUGUUCAACAUCGAGCACACUCGAAACACCAUUGUCGGCAAUCCGUUUGUUCGUGGUGUCAGUGGUGGAGAGAGGAAACGUGUUUCCAUCGCCGAGACCAUGAUUACGGGUGCCUCCUUGAUGAGCUGGGACAACAGCACAAGAGGACUGGAUGCUUCCACAGCCGUCGACUACGCACGUUCACUCAGGGUUCUGACUAACAUCUACAAGACGACGACAUUUGUGUCUUUGUACCAAGCCUCGGAAAACAUCUACAAGGUCUUUGACAAGGUCCUGGUUAUUGAUAGCGGACGUCAGGUGUACUUUGGACCUGCCCAGGAAGCCCGUGCUUACUUUGAAGGCCUGGGAUUCUUGGAGAAGCCCCGUCAGACCACCCCCGAUUACCUUACUGGUUGUACCGACAUAUUCGAGCGUGAAUUCAAGCCUGGUAUGAGCGAGAAGGACGUCCCAUCCACCCCUGACGCUCUCGCCGAGGCCUACAAGAAGUCCGAGGUCGCAGCCAGACUUGACAAUGAGAUGACUGCCUACAAAGCUCAGAUGGUCGAAGAGAAGCAUGUCUACGAUGAGUUCCAAAUGGCUGUCAAGGAAAGCAAGAGGCACGCCCCUCAAAAGUCGGUUUACUCUAUUCCCUUCUACCUCCAAGUCUGGGCUCUGGCUCAGCGUCAGUUCCUGCUCAAGUGGCAGGACAAGUUUAGCUUGGUCGUCUCUUGGAUCACAUCCCUGGCAAUUGCUAUUAUCAUCGGUACCGUCUGGCUGGAUCUUCCAAAAACCUCUGCUGGCGCCUUCACACGUGGAGGUGUUCUCUUCAUUGCUCUACUCUUCAACGCUUUCCAGGCAUUCUCGGAAUUAGCUUCUACCAUGAUGGGUCGGCCUAUUAUCAACAAACAUCGCGCCUUUACCUUCCAUCGCCCGUCGGCUCUUUGGAUAGCUCAAAUCGGUGUUGAUCUACUCUUUGCAUCGGUGCAGAUUCUCGUCUUUUCCAUCAUCGUCUAUUUCAUGACGAACCUGGUCAGAGACGCUGCAGCUUUCUUCAUCUUUGUCCUUAUGAUCAUUACUGGAUACCUAGCCAUGACCCUGUUUUUCCGAACGGUCGGCUGUCUCUGCCCUGAUUUCGAUGUCGCUAUUCGUCUAGCCGCUACUAUCAUCACGCUGUUCGUCUUGACAUCUGGUUACCUUAUUCAAUGGGACUCCGAGCAGAAGUGGCUUCGCUGGAUCUUUUACAUCAAUGCCCUGGGUCUUGGUUUUGCAGCAUUGAUGAUGAACGAGUUCAAACGAUUGGAUCUCACUUGCACGGGAGCUUCUCUUAUUCCCUUUGGACCUGGCUACAACGACCUCAAUUCCCAAGUUUGCACUCUGCCUGGCAGCAAGGCGGGAAACCCAAUUGUUUCCGGUACCGAUUAUAUCAAGACCUCCUUUUCAUGGCAUCCAUCUGAUCUCUGGAUGAACUUUGGCAUCAUGGUUGCGCUCAUCAUUGGUUUCCUUCUCGCAAACGCUUUCCUUGGAGAGUUUGUCAAGUGGGGCGCAGGUGGCCGUACAGUGACCUUUUUCGUCAAAGAGGACAAGGAACUCAAGGAGCUCAAUGCUCAACUACAGGAGAAACGUAACAGGCGCAACCGCGGAGAGGCCAGCAGUGACGAGGGCUCAGACCUCAAAGUCGCAUCCAAGGCAGUCCUCACAUGGGAAGACCUUUGCUACGAUGUCCCCGUUCCUGGUGGAGAGCUACGUCUGCUGAAGAACAUUUACGGAUACGUCAAGCCCGGCCAAUUGACAGCUCUUAUGGGUGCUUCUGGUGCUGGUAAGACGACACUUCUCGAUGUGCUUGCUAACCGCAAGAACAUUGGUGUCAUCAGUGGUGAUAAGCUUGUCGAUGGUAAACCACCUGGUAUCGCCUUCCAACGUGGAACUGCCUACGCCGAACAACUCGAUGUCCACGAACCCACUACGACCGUACGUGAAGCGCUCCGCUUCUCCGCCGAUUUGCGUCAGCCGUUCGAGACGCCUCAAGCCGAGAAGUACGCAUACGUUGAGGAGGUUAUCGCUUUGCUGGAGAUGGAAGAUAUCGCUGAUGCCAUUAUCGGAGAACCCGAAAGUGGUUUGGCAGUUGAACAGCGCAAGCGUGUCACCAUUGGUGUUGAGCUUGCCGCCAAGCCCGAGCUACUUCUCUUCCUGGACGAGCCUACCUCUGGUCUCGACUCUCAGAGCGCUUUCAACAUUGUCCGUUUCCUCCGUAAACUGGCUGCUGCCGGUCAAGCUAUCCUGUGCACCAUCCACCAGCCGAACUCUGCUCUUUUCGAGAACUUUGACCGCCUCCUGCUCCUCCAGCGCGGUGGCACAUGCGUAUACUUUGGCGACAUUGGUAAAGAUGCUCAUGUUCUUCUCGACUACUUCCGCCGCCACGGUGCCAACUGCCCUUCUGAUGCCAACCCAGCAGAAUGGAUGCUCGACGCUGUAGGCGCUGGUUCUGCUCCCCGUAUUGGUGACCGCGACUGGGCAGACGUCUGGACUGACUCUGAAGAGUUCGCCGAGGUCAAGCGACACAUUACCCAGCUCAAAGAGGAACGCAUUGCUGCCGUCGGUAGCGCUGAGCCAGUUGAACAGAAGGAGUUUGCCACGCCAAUGUCGUACCAGAUCAAGCAAGUUGUCAGACGCCAGAACCUCGCCUUCUGGCGCACUCCCAACUACGGCUUCACCCGUCUGUUCAACCACGUCAUCAUUGCUCUGCUCACAGGUCUCAUGUACCUCAACCUCGACAACUCUCGAACAUCUUUGCAGUACCGUGUCUUCAUCAUCUUCCAGGUUACCGUCCUUCCAGCUCUUAUCCUCGCUCAGGUUGAGCCAAAGUAUGCUAUUCAGCGUACCAUCUCUUUCCGCGAGCAAAUGUCCAAGGCUUACAAGACGUUCCCCUUUGCACUCUCCAUGGUCAUUGCCGAGAUGCCGUACAGUAUCUUGUGCGCUGUUGCAUUCUUCCUCCCGCUAUACUACAUCCCCGGCCUCAACUCGGAGUCUUCGCGUGCAGGAUAUCAAUUCUUUAUCGUCCUGAUCACCGAAAUCUUCUCCGUUACAUUGGGCCAGGCGGUCGCUGCCUUGACACCUACUCCCUUCAUCGCUUCCUACUGCAACCCCUUCAUCAUUAUUAUCUUCGCGCUCUUCUGCGGUGUCACGAUCCCCAAGCCCUCCAUCCCCAAGUUCUGGCGUGUCUGGCUUUACGAGCUUAACCCAUUCACACGCUUGAUCGGUGGUAUGGUCGUUACGGAACUUCACGGUCAAAGCGUCCAGUGUACCCCCGCCGAAUACAACAAGUUCCAAUCUCCCCAAGGUCAGGACUGCGGGUCAUACAUGAGCGACUUCUUCUCCAGCGGUGGAGCGGGAUACAUUCGCGACAACCUGACCAAUGCGUGCGAGUACUGCGCUUACAAGGUCGGCGAUGAAUUCUACACUCCUCUUGGAUACGAUUUCAGCAACCGAUGGAGGGACCUUGGUAUAUUCGUCGCCUUCAUCGUCAGUAACCUGGCCAUUCUCUUCAUUGCGGCCAAGUACCUCAACUUCAAUCGACGAUAA